GGGAGAACGGCCGGCACUUUGAGCGGGUAUAUCAAAAGCAGCGCUAUUAAUAUCAAGGAGGCAGGGAUAGACGUUCCGGGGGUCCCAGAAGGAGAGUGACAGUCUGUGAGAAGGAAAUGAUGGAGAGGAACGUACGGAGUAUUCGUACGGAGUACAGUAGUGCGAUGCAGCGGCGGGCGGGUUGUGGUCCGCCGCGAGCGUUUGUGCAUUGAAACGGACAGACGAGAGUCCCAUUAAACAUCCAACGGGUGUGAGUUGGCAGUUGUGCCCGGGCCGGGAAACGCACGAGAAUGAGGAAGAAGAGAAAAGAGUGGUCAGAGAAUGACGAAAACUCUGUCGCAUUGCUGCCAUGUGUCUAUAUUUUUUUUUGUCCAUGAAUUACUCCAUAUCGUCAGGGAAGUGAGGUGGUCAGCGGAGCGGAUUCCGUGGGGAUCUCGAUGGCUUUUUUCUUCCGGAGAAGGUCUCUCUCUCUGUCUUUUUUUUCUGCCCAAGUGUCAGUUGAGCACGAGGUAGGAAACAUGCCGAGAUGGGGAAAGCGAAGAGUCAGAGUUCGGGGCGAGAGGGUGCGACGACUGGGCUGAACCUGGCAGUGGAAAAGCCAAGAUAGGUACGGUACCUGGUGACCCCCUCUUCGUUUGUGAAUGGAUUGCGCAGAAUUGGGAGGGUAUGUUCACAUGGGAGUGGACGCCCGUCAGGUACCUGAGGCU